CUUUACCGGUGCUGUGUCGUGCUGAUCUUACAUAACUCCGGCGCUGUAUGUGAGCCGCCACCGUCAGCCGAACUUGUGAUCAGGACUAAUGGAGACGUCAGGAGUUUGUGAGAUUGAUGUGGCGACCAGAAGAAUAGUGGGAGGCAGCGACUCUCCACCCGAACUGGACAGCCCGAGUCAGGAGGAGGUUGCAGAGUUUGGUUUGGGGUUGUGCUGCGCUGAGGAGGAGAGAGGGGAAACUCCAGGCAGAGAGGACAGUCCCAGCGACCUGGUGGAGGCAGAGCUCGACCCCGGAGGAGACCUCAAAACCGGAGAGGACAAGGCUUUUGGGAAGGAGGUUGUUCUCUUGAUGCAGGCCCUGAACUCCCUCGCCACUCCUGAGGAGAAACUAGCUGCUUUGUGCAAGAAAUACGCAGACCUGCUGGAGGAGAGCCGCUGCAUGCAGAAGCGUCUGAAAGCUCUGCAGAAGAAACAGUCUCAGAUCGUGAAGGAGAAGAUCCACCUGCAGGGCGAACACAGCAAGGCCAUCCUGGCCCGCAGCAAGCUGGAGAGCCUCUGCAGGGAGCUGCAGAGACACAACAAGACACUGAAGGAGGAAAAUGCUCAGCGGUCCAGGGAGUACGAGGAGCAGCGGAAGGAGGCCAUGCUGCACUUCCAGAUGACCCUGAGUGAUAUCGAGGUGCAGAUGGAGCAGCACAGCUCCCACAACACCAAGCUGAGGCAGGAGAACAUGGAGCUGGCCGAGAAGCUGAAAAAGCUCAUCGAGCAGUACGAGCUGCGAGAGGAGCACAUAGACAAGGUGUUCAAGCACAAGGAGCUUCAGCAGCAGCUGAUGGACGCGAAGCUGCAGAGAAUCACCGAGAUGAUGAAAGAAGUCGAGGAGAAGCAGCAAAGAGAGAGAGACUUUCUGCUGAAGGACGCCACGGAGUCCAGACACAAGUGUGAGCUGAUGAAGGAGCAGGAAACACAGCUCAAACAACAGCUCUCGCUGUACAUGGACAAGUUCGAGGAGUUUCAGAGCACUCUGGCUAAAAGCAACGAGGUCUUCACCACGUUCAGACAAGAGAUGGAGAAGAUGACCAAGAAGAUCAAGAAGCUGGAGAAGGAAACGACACAGUGGAGGACCAAAUGGGAGAGCAACAACCAGGCCCUGCUGCAGAUGGCCGAGGAGAAAACUCUGCGUGACGGCCACUUCAAGGCCCUGCAGGGGAAGCUGGAGCUGCUGGAGAGGCUGUGCAGAGCCCUGCAGAAGGAGCGGAACGACCUCAACAACCAGCUCAGCCUCCUCCAGGAGCAGGGGGACAAAGGGACCACGGCACCUCCCGAAGCCCAGCCGCGGGAGCCCUCCGCCGGGGAGGAAGAUGAGGACGAGGAGGAGGAAGACGAGGAGAGCUCGGCACGGGGUGACGAGCUGGAGGCGGAGGGCGUCCACCAAGAUCCCAGACCACCCGAACUGGACCCCACAGCGGCUGCUACUGACAAAACCACUACUGCGACGUCGACGACGACCAGCCAGCCUGCAGAGAGCUCAGAGCAGGACUGAACGCGCCCGCUCGGCCGGUGUGUAGGUGAGACGGGUGCGAUCGGAGGGUCCACACACCUCCAGCCUGGUUCCAUAACUAGCCAGAAAAACCACCUGCAAUGGGGAUAGAUUUCUUUUCUUUUUAAAUCCUAGACUUGCCUCUCCAGGUUUCUACACGAAAACUGAACCCAUAUCUUUUUUUGUGCGCUAGUUAAAGACGAAUAAAAUGAUUGUAUCAAGGAUUCUACUCUAAAACGUUGCCCACGUUUGACAUUGGUUGUAAUAAUUGGCUUUGUGGUGAGCACUUGGUACUCCCUGUUUUCUACCAUAACUGUAUUUUCAUAGGAAAUUGAAGCUGUUUUAAGUCAAAUUGACCUUUUAUUCUUCACACGGUCUCUCCCUGUAGUGUCACGUCUCAUUGGAAAUUAAAUUUAGUGGGUUUGUCACAUGCACAUUGUAAUAGGUCACUUUUUAUUAAUGUAGCCUUACAGUCCACAUGUGAGCCGAAAAGCAGGAAACGUAGUGUAGAGUCACAGUCAGGCGUGUUUGACAUCCGUCUUGGCCACAGGGUAUUAACAUUUUUUGGUGACAUCAUAACAAAACUCGUAUUUGUUUAAGUUUUCACUUUUUUGAUUGAAACAAAAAGUGUAGCAGCUAAAUGAAUCUGCACGUCCUCAUGAAAUAGGCGGCGCUGGUUAGACGCUCAGUAACAUCGCAACCACUAGCGGUGAUGGCGUAUUUUCACUUAAGCAAGCUGGAAGGGCUGUCAAUAUAUCUAAAAAAAAAGUAAUGUUUCAUUUCUAAAAAUCAAUUUGAAUAAAAAUGGAGUGCUUGAGCCAAACAUGCCUCCAGUGACAGGCAAUUGUUUUCUCUACGUUACUAAUACAAAACAGAAAAUUAGGAAAUAGAGAUGCAUGAUAAUAUCAGCACAUCAUCGGUAUUGCUUUUUUUUUUUAUUGACAAAGUGAACUUGAACUAAACAUCAACUCUAAGUUGACAUAUUUUUCUUAUUUUGCGCAAUCAGUGAAUAUUACACACAUUAAAAAGCAUUGCAUUUUAUGUCUCCAUCUGCUUGUGGGCCGUCAUGAUACGAGUACGCAUAUAUGAUGUUAAUUAUGUGGGGAAAAAAGUGGAUAUAUCGAUAUUGGUUAUCGGCCAAAUGAGUUAUUAUAUAUUGGCAGAAAAUCCAAUAUCAUGCAUCCCUACUGCAUAAUAUAUUUCAUAGUUGCUGACAGUCUACCUUUGUGGAAUUCAGACUGCACAGGGGGUAUUAAAGGUGGUGGUGAGAAAGUAUAAAUAAGUAAAUAAAUAGCUGUUUUAAGGAUUAAGCCUGAAAAAGUCAUAAUAUUUCAAGCUGCAAUUUCAUUAAUAAAAAAAAUGUAAUAUUUUGAGAACAGAAUGUGUUUUUAUGAAUUAAUUUAGAGGACAUGGUCUUGCAAUAUUAUGACUUAAGAGUGUCUUUUAUUUACAGGAAAAGAUUCGGCAUGAUCUGGACGUAACGUGAAAGAUAAACCCAGUGCAAAGGUCCAUUUAAUCUGAUGUGCAACAUUCAAUCGUGAGUUUACUCAUUCAGUACGGGCCAACAGGCGGGUUUCCGUUACAGAUUUACGCAAAACUUAAUGGAUAUUUUCAAAAUGUUGAUAAACAGAAUUGCGAGAUGACUGCGUUUACAUUGAGUUAUGAGACUUCUCUUCUGGUGAUAACGCUCCAGUAACCAUGGCGACUGAUGUUCAAAACAUUAGCAGCAUUAUUUCUAUUGCAGCCAGCGCACGAGCACCGCACUUCCAAUGGAAGCGUGUUAUGGAGCGAUGAUGGGAAGGCGAGCCUCUUAUGUGUGAACGACCACGUCCGAGGGAUUUCGGGGGGCUGAUAGUCCACGAUUUCACGGUUAAUUGUGGAUUCAAAAACCUCCGUGUGAGCCGUUUAACUUUUAGAGUUUGCGAUCAAUAACAGCUCUUGCUCUUCUCUUUGUUAUAAAUCCUAUAAAGGGAAAAAAAAGUUUUCCAUCGCAGUUUUGAAAAAUCUGCCUUUUUUAAAUAGACUAAAAAGAACCUCAUGUAAGAGUGAGAGCUUUCGUGUUUCCAUUAGGCGUAUUUUAUAUUUACAAUUUCAGUUUGCGCAAUUUGAGUGUUAAUGCAAACCCGCCUGCUGUUAGCCGUCUGUCCCAAAAUGAGGUAAUGAGUCUCUCACUAACACUAUUCAGCUGUGCAGUUGUGGUUCCCCCCCAGUGGUCGAUCUGUGUUGCAUUUUGAACUGAUUCGGAUUAUAAAAACUCACCUGUUACUGCAGAAUCAACCAGGACUGAAAUCUCAACUUGAUAGUUUCACCUCCAAUUUUACCUGUUUCUGUCCCUCAUAGGGAUAAUGUGGGAAAUAGAAACAUUAAUGCAGGUCAAGACAAUAAUUUUCUUGCUGGCUUGUCGCCCACUUGAGAGACUAAAAUGAUGUAAAGAGAUGAAAGCUCAGCAAAUGCCCUCGUGCAAAAUAAGUGUUGAUUUGAAUCAGAUUUUUUAAAUGAACCAUGUGAUUUGAUUUUUCUGUGGUCAGCUGAACAGGGUGCUCAGAGAAGAGCCAUGUCAGGAGUUCGGAAACUCCUUCGUCCACUGGCAAAUUAUUUUCUGUAAAUUAUGUUUGAAUAACAUCUUAGUACAUCAGAGUAAUGAGCCUCCACAUCUUUGACACUUUAUACUGGAAUACUAUUGAAUGUGAUUUUUCUUCUCUAAUGCGUUUAAAUAAAAAGAUUGAUUUUCAUUAGCGAUGCAUAUCAGUAGGAGCAGUUAAAGGAGCAGCUGUUAUUGUACUUAAGGAAACUCAUCAGUAGGCGGGUUUCUAUUACAAAUUUGUGCAAAACUUGAGCGAUAUUUUCGAAAUGUCAAGAAAACACAAUUGCGAUACGAAUGAAUAAAACCUCACGCAAGCAUUAAAACUUUUUUGAUAUAAAUGGGAGUUUUUCUGAAAGUUAACAUGAUUCUUUUUGGCAUAUUCAUAUUCACAAUUUCAAUUUGUGCAAUUUAAUGGUUAAUGGAAACCCGCCUAGUGUGUGUAGACGCCUGAAAUCGAUUGUCGGCAGGGUCAAAUCAAGUUGCGGAGCUUGAGUCACAUUGUGGGAUUUUUGUACUAGUGAAACUAGUAAGAAUAUCAGCUCCUUAAAUCAACAGACACACUUGAAUCCUGCAUAUUGUACUUUUAGUCACCAGGUUUCUUUUUGGGCGUCUUUGUCAAAACGAAUACUUCACCACCCAAAUACUAUCUGUAUAUCAGUUACUUCCAUGUUUCAUUGAAUUAAUAAGGAAAACUUUCUUAGUUGCCUUCGAGAUGGACAAAGAAUCCACAGAAAACUCUUGAUGAAUUGACAAAAUCAGUAUUUCUGUCCUGCUGAACGUGAGAGACGCUGGCGCUGCUUUCAGAGGCCUUUUAAACCUUCGACCCAAAGCAAAUAAUUGGUGCAAUUUUCUUUUAAAGAAACAUCGGUAAAAAAAAGGAAAGAUGCAAUUUGGUAAGACACAUUCCAAAAAUUACAAGAAAUUAGUAGAUUUAGAAAGAAACUAUAACGAUCAUAAUUACUUAUUUAAAAUAAUGUAACAG